AUGAGUUGGUGCGACUAUUAUGUACUGUUCCUGGGAAUAUCGUUAAGAUUGUUCUCACUAGAAUCAGAGGCAGUAGUACUUGUGGCUGAUCAGAAACAUUUAAGUGAUGAGCAUAUUGAUCACAAGAAGCAAAAUGGAACAAAGUGGGCAGUUCUUGUUGCUGGGUCCAGAGAAUAUUUUAACUACAGGCAUCAGGCUGAUGUAUGCCAUUCAUAUCAAAUACUGAAGAAAGGUGGAUUAAAAGAUGAAAACAUUAUUGUUUUCAUGUACGACGACAUUGCGUUUAACAAGUAUAACCCUAGGCCUGGUAUCAUUAUCAACAAGCCUGAUGGCCCUGAUGUUUAUGAUGGAGUUCCCAAGGAUUAUACAAGAAAACAUGUUACUGCUGGUAAUUUUUAUGCUGCUAUUCUUGGGAAUAGAAGUGCUCUGACGGGAGGUAGUGGCAAGGUUCUUGACAGCGGCCCAAAUGACCACAUUUUCAUCUACUACGCCGAUCACGGAGCUCCGGGGGUGCUUGAAAUGCCGUCGGGAGAUGAUCGUGUCUUUGCAAAAGAUUUCGUAGACGUACUGAAGAAGAAGCACGAAGCCAAAGGAUACAAAAGCAUGGUGAUAUACAUCGAAGCGUGUGAAUCUGGAAGUAUGUUUGUAGGGCUUCUUCCAGAGAAUAUCAAUAUUUAUGCAACAACAGCAGCAAAUGGAAAAGAAAGCAGUUAUGGUACCUAUUGUCCUGGUGAUAUUUAUAGUUCUCCUCCCGAGUAUGACACUUGUUUGGGAGACAUGUACAGUAUUUCUUGGAUGGAAGAGUGUGACAAAAUUGACUUACGCCAAGAAACUUUGGGACAUCAAUAUGAAGUGGUUCGAAGGAGAACGGCAAAUAGUAAUUUAUUCUCCAGUUCCCAUGUCAUGCAAUUUGGAAACACGAAUCAAAAAGAAGAUAGCCUCUCCACUUACCUAGGCUCAAAUCCUGCCAAUGAUAACUUUACUUCCACUAUUAAUCAUGAUGACCAUGAUGAUCAAAUUGAUUUCUCUCCAUCAGUACGAUCAACGGUUGUCAGCCAACGUGAUGCAGAUAUCCUCUACCUUUGGCGCAAGUUCCAAAAGGCUCCCACCGGCUCUGGUGAGAAGCUUGAAGGUCAUAAAAAGCUCCAGGAAGAACUUUCUCAAAGGAAACAAAUUGACCAUACAAUUCAACAGAUUGGAAAGUUUCUGUUUGGCACGUACGAGGAAACCUCAAAAGUCUUAAACAAUGUUAGGCCAUCCGGGCAACCACUUGUGGAUGAUUGGGACUGCUUCAAGAUGCAUAUGAAGACUUAUGAGAAAUAUUGUGGAAGAUUGUCGAAGUAUGGAAUGAAGUACACACGAGCUAUUGCCAACAUGUGCAACGCUGGGAUCACCACGGACCAAUUGGUUGCGGCCUUAAUGCCAACUUGUGCCAGUUAA